CAAGAUGUUUCGACGACCACGUGAUGACGUCAAAACAUGGCGUCUCAAUCAGCUGGGUGUUGUGUAGAGUGUGCUUGAGAUGCCCGUCUUUAGAAAACCAACGAAGACUGCCGUCUGUCUACUCGAAUACUGACGAAAAAGUUACUCGACGCAAUAUGCCACCAGAUAGACCAGAUGCUUCCGGCGUAGAAACAGAAAUAGGACUGAAUAGUACGCAAGUCUUCAGUUUUGGAGAAACUGUAUACACAAUGAAAGAAAAAGAAAACACCAGUGCUUUUGUCGAGACCAAUUCGACCGAUGAACUUCAUGGGGAAAUUUCAAUGUCUGAAAAGUCCAUGGAAAAGAAUAGCCAGUUAGAUGACGAUUUGACUUCUUUGAGUUGGCUUCAUCAACAAAAUCUGUUGAAGGGUUUGGAUAUCUCGAAUCCCUCCAAAGAUAUAAAAAACGAGAAUGUAUUGAAUAACAACAUUUGCGACGACAUGGCAGAGUUUUCUGAAAACACCAAUUCCAUUUCAAGUUUAGAUGAUGGCUAUUGCCCAGAUAAUAAUGGGAAAGUAAAUAAUUCGACAUCGCAUGAAAAUAGUCAGAGUUAUCAGCACACGAAUAAAAAUGGUCAAAAGACAAUGCAAAUCUUUCAGGAGUCGGUAAAAAAUCACUACAAUUCUUCACAAAAUAAUCAAACCAAGAUUUCUCUGAGCAACAAUAAUCUGCCGGUGUCGAACCGCAACAAACACCCUACUCAUAUACCAUAUGAUCCUCAUUUACACAGGAACAGUAAACCACCGUAUUCAUUUUCUUGUUUAAUUUUCAUGGCUAUCGAAGAUAGUCCUGUAAAAGCUUUACCGGUCAAGGAGGUGUAUGCCUGGAUUUUGGAUCACUUUCCGUAUUUUAGGAAUGCUCCUACCGGAUGGAAGAAUUCUGUUAGACAUAAUCUAAGCUUGAACAAGUGCUUCCGUAAAGUAGAGAAAGCUCCGAAUCUGGGCAAAGGUUCGUUAUGGAUGGUAGAUGCUCAGUAUCGUCCAAAUUUAAUACAAGCAUUGUCACGUGCUCCCUUUCCUCCUCCCACUGCUCAAACUUUGUCUUCCCCAGAAAAACCGCAGAGAAAGAAUACAAACACACGCCUUCCAGAUCCUAUUCUCUUCCCAUACCUCUCCAAAAGACUGGCAUCGAGCAACAUUACCGAUAACACGGAAACAGAAGUAGACAGCGAUGUAGACGCAGCUGCCGCGGCUAUGCUUUCUUUCAAACACGGUCCUAUCAUUUUAAAUCAUAAUAAAGAUCGUAAACGAAAAUUAGCGGAAUCUGAAAAGUUGGUUCCAAUAAUCACUAGAAGCUCUAGCGAAGACCAUACGUAUAGCUGUAUUACCUCAGUCAAACAAGAGAGCAAAUAUCCGAGCGAAGAAACGAAUCCCGACUUCGACGAACAACGGAAGAUAGCAGAGGGUGCGGACGCGCUUCUGAAUUUAGCGGGUGUUACCACGGCGCUUAGUCACAGUAGAACUUCACACGUACAAGGUAUUAAUCCACCGUCAAAGUCCGAAGGCAUGUCGAAACCGAAGAAGCGUUCGGCACCGAAUGAUUAUUCGAAUCUACCUGAGAAAAGACGUAAACAUUGGCCAAAGUGGAGCGAAGAGAAGCGAUAUUUAAAGCAAAUUGUAUAAAACUUUCUGUUUCGUGUAUGCGUUGAAGCAUAUCUCUCACAUUUGUCUUUUUUUUUCGUGUUAUGCGCGAACAAAAAAAAGAAACAAUUCGAAAUUAUAUUUUCAAUAUCGAUUAUUGAAACGGAACGGGGAUGCGCAACUUAAUCUUACAUCGCUGACAAUGAAUUUAUCGUCUUUCGAAUACGACUAAUAUUAGCGAAGAUUUGCAUCGAAGUUAUAUUGCCAUUUUUAGGCGUGUAAGAAGAAAGAGUGAGAAAAGCAGAGAAACGCUCUGUCGGCGGGUGCAUUUCUAUUUAAAGUAAAAACAAAACGACGGGAAAGAGGGAGAAAGAGAGAAACGGGGGGUGGGGGAAUUGGCGAUCGCUCAGGGUUUAGAACUCGCUAUAUGCCAAAAUAAAUUCAGUAGCACUAAGCAACAAGCAAUAAAUAGAAGGGUAGUGUUUAAAAAGUUACUUUCUCGACAUGUUUACUAAGACAUGAUACAACUAAGCGGUUCAUGGAAUGUCAAUGAAGGAAAACCUAUCGCGUACUAAAUAACGAUAAACUUUUUAGACCUGUUGUGACGAUUAUACAUAUUAAUUCAUAGAGAGUUUAAUUAAUGAUAAUAGAGUUCUAUAUAUUAGGUUUUUGUAGAUAUGUAUAGAGAUAUAAUUGAUAUCUAUUCGAUAGAGAAAUUGAUAAUAUAUUUAAAAAAAAAAGAUUAUAUAUAUAUAUAUAUACACAUGUACAUGUUAUAUAUAUGUACACGCGCGCGCGCACGCACGCACGCACACACACACACACACACGUUCAUGUUUUACGUGCUCAUUCAUUACACUCGAAAUACAUCUGGUCAUGUACACUGCUGCAUGUGUGUAUAAAUCGUUCCCGCGAGAACUAUCGAUAACGAAAAAAAGAAAUACAAAGUCUAGGUAUUGCUGAACAUGGAUUUGAAAUGAGGAAAAAGCUUAUCAUUUCAUGCCUUUUUCUACUAUCUUCGUGGCACUUGAGAUGAUUUUGAACAGUGCUGUAUAUAUGUAGAUUCUACAAUGUAUGCACAGACCAGUUUCAAAAUUUUGUUAAAGGAUCAAUAUGUAUCGCGUCGAAUUGAUAAUAUUGAUUGGAACGUAAGAUUUAAGAAACAAGAGGUCAUCCUAUUUUUCUAUUUAAAAAAAAAAAAAAAAAAAAAUCAUAAUAUUAAGAGCAUUGUGAAUACCUGAUAAGUAAUGAAAUGUAUAUGUGGUAAAAAAAACAGAAGAAAAAAAUUUAAAAAAAGCGGUAUCGAUGAAGAACUGGUCUUGUAUACAUUAAUACGUAGUUCUAUAUAGAGAGAACGUAUAUUUUUACAGGGCACUGCCCGCGUGAUAAAAGCUCUUCCUAAUAAUUUGCUAAAAACACAGUUCAUUAGCUUAAACCACUUACUAAUUGUAAUCAUAGUAAUUUGCGUGACACUACAAACACAGCAUGGUAGCGCAGCCUGAACAGUUUCAUGUGUUUAUGAUUACACGCCAUAUAACGUAAAAUUUCCAUAAAAGAAAUGUUUAAACUUUUGAUUCGUUUAAAUAACGAAUGCGUAUAGCGAAAGGUACUCACUCGGAGAACUUGGUUACCAAUUUAAAAUUACGAAAUUUUAAAUCGGAGACGUUUCUAGUCUUACGACUAUGUGUAUAAACGUAAACAAAAAUAUCACUUGUUAGGUCGAUAAUGAUAUUUAAGCGUCACAGUUGCAAAUAAUGAUGAAUUGUUAACCUGUAAUAUAUGUUACUGCUGGCUCAGAUAUAUUCAGACGCAAGACUCAUAGUUAUUGCUUUUACGAACGGUGCAAUUUAGUUUAACUUAUUAAUAAUACAUUCUUUAUUUGGCUAAGGUUUAAUGUUUAGUUACUUUUCAAAUUUUCGAUUAUUCACCACCUGGUAAUAAAUUUGUUAAGUCACGAAUCGCGAUCUUUCGUCCGCGAAGCAAUGUAAUAUCUCAACCAACGGAAAAUUCUCGUGUUUUAAAUUUACGGUAUGAUAAAAUUCUAAUGUGUUAUUAAUGUAAAGCUUAUAAUUAAUUUAGAGUAACAGAAAAAUUAAAGGAUCUAUAGAUGGGGCGCGCUGCCAAAACUUUUUAUGUGAUUGUAGCUAGUCAGCUACAAAGAAAGAUCCAAAAUAAGGAUGCAAGAAAGAAUGCCAUUUUAUGUACGAUCAAGUAACUUCAAUUUUUGAGAGAAAUGUACAUUUUUAUGUAACGUAAAAUUAUCCUAUUUAGCGUAUAAAUAUGCUUUUAGAAGCACGUGUUCAAGGCUGAGCACUUUUUUCGAAAUUUGUAUACACCAAGCAAGACCAGUUUUUGUAGACUUUACGUUUUCUAUUGUCUGUGAUAUUAUUGCAAAGCUAAACAUGCCUUAUUGUAGUUGUUAUAUUUUGGUGGAAAAAUUUGUUUAGAGCUUAAUAAGUUUUAUCGUUUAAAAAAGCGAUGUUAUCGGCACUUUCUGAUAUUAUCAAUUGGCAUUCUUACUGACAACCUUAACAUUCUAAUCUAGAUAGGGAAACUGGCAUCUUCGAAUUAGUAAUAUAUUAUGUAUACAUAUAUAUAAAGGAAUGUAUAUAUGUGUACACAUACAUAUACCGAAAAUAAUAUCACAGUUUUCGCUAUUUGUUAAAAUUUUUAGUCCUAGCUUUUGUUUGCUACGACUGAAGAUCUGUUCUUCCAUGUAGUUUAUUCUAAUGUAAUCAAUUAGGGGGUGGGAUGCCAUUUAUAAUAAUAGUAAUCUAGCUAAUCGAUAAAUUACAAAUUAGAAUAAUCGAUUAGCAAGAAAACGUAAAGCAAUACACCAGUAAAUCCUGAUAUCGGGCAGAAUACUCUUAGUCAGCCGGUCUUCAAGAAACAUUUAUUUACCGAUCACUGUAAUACCAUGCAGUUGCACAUUGUGAAUCAUGUACAAACAAUUUGUACAACAUCGAUUGUACGAGAUGGCUCAUUUGUCGAGUAUUUUUACAAAGUAUUACUGUAUCGUAUAUGCAAUAGGAAUACCAUUUCUUUUAUGCGAUCUUUUAAUGUACGCAAAUCAUCGUUUAACAGAACGUUCAAUCGUUCGAUCCUGUUAAUCUCGACCGGCUGACAUAUAAAUAAAAAAAUCAUCGAUAACUGAAACACCAAAAAUCGAGUGUACGAAGCGAACCAUAUUUCAUUGUAUCGCGACUAGCCACGGACAAUCAAAAUGUAACAUGGUGUUUAAUUUGCUUCCAUUACAUGACAUCGUGCCAAAACGCAGAAAUCGUUUAUUUUGAGGAACAGAUGUUAAUUUAUAUAUGUAUCUACGAGUUGUACAUUGUACCAAUUUUGUUGGCGUAAUAUGUAAUAUUAUUAUUAAUAAUUAUAUUAUUAUCAUUAAUAUAAUUAUUACUCAUUUUAAACGAAAUACACUGUAAAAUGUUUGUUAAGUUUUUGACCUUGCUUAUAUAAUUGAGUAAAAAUAUUUAAUAUUUUAGAUUGUAACCAAGACAGAACUUUAUUAAUGAAAAGA